AUGGCUCCGGGGAGGCAAUGUCGUCUUGGCCCGGUCGCGUUUUCGAUCCUGGCACUUUGUGGGAGGGGCUUUGUAGCCUUUGUGGGCAUGCCGCUCACAACUCGAAACAGCCUCCUGCUGCGUUCUGCCGUGACAACGGACACUGCUACGACAGCUUUCGGCGAGCUCUUCCAAGAUGACAGCCGACCAAUUGUGCUUUAUGACGGCGUGUGCAACAUGUGCAACAGCGCCGUGGAUGUGGCUUUACAGAAGGAUCCAGAUGGGCGCCGGCUGCGCUUCUCUGCAUUGCAGUCAGAAGUAGGGCAGCAGAUGCUGGUCUUUUGCGGUCGGCGUGCUGAGGAUCUUAGCUCCAUGAUGGUUGUGAAACCCGAUGGCGAAUGCCUCUCUCAGUCGGAUGCUGUUGUCUUUGUAGGACAGCAGUUGGAAGGCAGCAGCGUGCUGCAAGGCUUGAGCAAGGCGGCGCAGGCACUGGUGCCGAAGCCACUGCGAGAUGGUGCAUACAAUGUGGUUGCAAAGAACCGCUAUCGAGUCCUCGGCCGCCGAAAAGAGCUUAGGCUGGGCCAGGACGGAAUGGAAGACCGAUUUGUGAACAAAGAGUCGAAGCCUGCUGCUACGGGCGUCUGA